GACCUCGAAUGGGAAGUCGAGGUGCCCCCCGGCAAAACCGCCGCCGUCAACUACAUGAUCGAGUCCGUCUUCGACCGCCUCGGGGCACUUUCGACCACCUGUUCGCAGAUGGGUGGGAGCCGUCUCCCACGACCCCCUGCCUCCGCCUCUGCCGCGGUCAAGCGGGCCACCCACUUCAGCCAGGGCAGCUACUAUUGUGGCGGCCCCCCCUUCUGGAAGGGGCUUGAGCACCUCCGCCGCAUCGGCAAGGCGUACGUGCACAUGCACCCCGGCCCCGGCGCCUGCGCGAAGGUGAGCUGCAGUCACGGAGGUGCUGUUUUUGUGUGCAAUGAUAGACCCGAGGAGUGGUGGCUCGACUCGUCCGAUCGCAUCGCGGACGGCCUGAGCUUCCUCUCGCGCUGCACGAGACCCGCAAGCCGCGACGUGGCUGGACAGCUGUUCCACCCUGACAACUCUAACAUUGUGGUCUGCCAUGACAGCUGCUGA